AUGAGGCCAUGUUUUUACAUAUUCCUUUUCAUCUCCUUAUUCAUCUGCCUAACCUUAGCAACAGCCAACCACCAAAGAACAACCAUAAAUGAGAAAAUAGCUUGUCUGAUAGUACACAACAAUGUCCGGGCGGGCGUCGGCCUACAGCCGCUCGUGUGGAGCAAAAAAUUAACAAAAUACGCCCGAUCGUAUGCUGAGAAAAGACGGGCCGACUGCCAACUGAAGCACUCGGGCUCGAGAUGGUAUGGGGAGAAUAUCUUCUGGGGCAGCGGCAAAAUCUGGAGCAUGACUCAAGCGGCUCGGGAUUGGGCCGGCGAGAAAGCGUCGUAUCACUAUUCGUCUAACUCGUGCGACUCGGGCAAAAUGUGUGGGCACUACACUCAGAUUGUUUGGAGGGAUACGACUAAGGUUGGAUGUGCAAAAGUGGCUUGUGACAAUAACAAGGGCAUUUUCAUCACCUGCAACUAUCAUCCACCGGGGAAUUAUAUUGGGGAGAGGCCCUAUUGA